CAAAUUGUUACGUCUUCUCGGAUUCGUCGAAAUUCCCAUUUGUUUUGACGUUCCUUGUUUCUACGGUUGACGUCCCCGUCGUUUCUAAACAUUGAAUGGACGCCAUUACAGUGGUCGAGCGAUCGGCUGGGAUAAUUUCAUUGACAUCUCAUCUUGCCGUUUUAAACUAAAAUAAUUAUGCUGUUUGAUAGAUUAUAUUCGUAUUGGUUUAAGUGAGAUUAAAAUGGAUCGUUAUGUCAACAAAAAUGCCGGACGUAGCCGCAAAAAACCGUUCAUUUAGUGGAUCUGGGAUGGUGUUUACAAUCUGAAGCCAACAUGUCAUCCAUCAUCCGAACUCUUUAAACUGAUUAAGAAAUUAAUUUCUAUCAACCAAAUUGUAUGCGAUGGAGCUAAAAUGAAGAUGAUAUUAAUGUGAAAUGAAGCUGAAUUUUGAUUCAUCCAAUUUCAUCACUAUUUACUUCAUAAAAUUAAUCAUGUCUUGAAUUUAAAAAUAAUAUAAGACAUUUGUAAGUUUGUGCUGGAAAUUACUGGAGUUAUUUCCUUACAAUAAAUUUAUUACCAGCAUAAAACAUUGAAUUAUGAGUAUCAUCAUUCAAAUCAGUCCAAGCCAACUUACAACUUCUAGCAGUGUUGCUCCUCAUCCUGCUUGCAUUGUUGAAGCAGAAACAACACUGGAUAUGGGACCUGAUUUAGAAUAUGAUCCAGAAGUCCCAGUAACCACAGAAGAUAAUUCGUCAAUUUCAGUAUCAACUGUAGUUACGGCAGCACAUGGACGUAAAGAAGUACGGACUUCAGCCCAUUUGUCUCAAGGAUUUGCAAGUUGUUUUGGAUUACCUUAUCAGGAUCAUAAUUAUGGAGCGCCACCACCACCAUCACCACCUCAAUCACCACUUCCUAAGGUGAAUGGUACUAUUGAUGAUGAUACAAGUUUUUCAGUUAUUUCUACUUCAACUAAUAAUGAAGAAGAUACUCAAGAAGAAAGUAUUACUCGUUGCAUUUGUGGAUUUGACCAUGAUGAUGAAUAUAUGAUUUGCUGUGAUCGAUGCUCUGUAUGGCAACAUGUUGAUUGUAUGGGUUUAAAUCAAAAUAAUAUACCAGAAACUUAUCUGUGUGAAAAAUGUGAGCCAAGAAAAGUUGAUAGACAAAAAGCUAAAGCAUUGCAGACACGCAAAAAGGAAGCCAUGACUGAUUCCACAACUGAUGAUAGUGGAGAUGAUGAAAAUUCAGUAUCUCAUUCUUCUGUUCAGACUGGUACAACACAGAGUGAUAAAAUUUCGAAGUUAAGGAAAAGAAGAAAAGAUAGAAGAGGUGGAAAUAAAGCUGAUUCUGGAGGCUUAAUAAAAAAAUAUAAAACUUUAAAGAAUGAGACAGUGAAAAAGAUUUUAGAACAGCUUCGGACUCGACUAUGCAAGGUUGUUGAUUUUUCCAACAAGAAAAGAUUGGUAGCAACAUCAGAUAUAACAUGUGAUCAAGUUAUUGUUGAAUAUAAAGGAAAAUUUUUAUCAUCAUCACAGUUCUUUGAACAAAAUCCUGUAUUUAAUAAAAGAUCAUAUCCAUUUGUAUUGUUUUUCAAAAUUGAUAAGCACAGUGAUAUAUGUAUUGAUGCUCGAGAAUAUGGCAAUGAAGCUAGAUAUGUAAGAAGAUCUUGUACUCCUAAUGCUGAGAUAAGACCAGUGGUUAAUAAUGGACUUUUAUACAUUUACUUAUUUUCUUCAAAAGAUAUAGAGAAAGAUGAGGAAAUUACAAUUCCUUUUGAUCUUUCAUACAUGGAAUGGUAUGUACUUUAUUUAAUNUUUUUUUAUACAAAAAGUGAAAGUACAUCAACUGCGGAUGAAGAAGCACAAGAUUCUUGGGAAUCUAGCAUUGGUGAAUGGUCAAUGAAAUAUGAAGAAGCAUCUAUUAAUCAAUAUACACCAGAAGUACAAUUAUUAGCUGGAUCACUUGCUAAUCACAAUUGGGGACACAGAAAGUGUGGUUUAGAAGAUAUGUUGCAAAUGUGGCAGCGUUGA